CUAUUGGGGAGCACUGCUUCUCUUUUUUCUGUGCUAUCGCCCACGCCGCUCGGAGAGAAAUCACUCGCACAUCAUCAUCAUCCUGAAGAAAACCCCCUUUCUCCUCAUUCUCCGUCGGCAGAGGAAACCUACAAUCUCAAGGGCUGAGAAUCCCUGGCGAAGAUUUGUUCCUUUUUUCCUUUUUUCUUUUUUUUUCUUUUCAUUUGGAAAUUUGAGGCUGUCUUCUUUUUUCCCAAAACGCCCCAUCCAAAAGGCCACAGAGUAUUAACACUCAAAAACGAAUAAUAAUUGAAGCCUCCAUCUCAAGACCUGCCAAUCGAAGGACGUAGAUCACUAUCAUCUUUGUGCAUCAAGAAUGGUUACUAUAAUCAGCACCAUGGAAACUCAGGUGUCCAAUGGUCCAAGUGGAACCAGUCUGCCGAACGGCCCCGUCAUCAGCACCAACGGUGCCACAGAUGACAGCAAGACCAACCUGAUCGUCAACUACCUGCCCCAGAACAUGACGCAGGAGGAGUUCAAGAGCCUGUUCGGCAGCAUCGGAGAGAUCGAGUCCUGCAAACUAGUCCGAGACAAGAUCACAGGCCAGAGUUUGGGCUACGGAUUUGUCAACUAUGCAGAUCCCAACGACGCAGACAAGGCCAUCAACACGCUCAACGGCCUCAAACUCCAGACAAAAACCAUCAAGGUAUCGUACGCAAGGCCUAGCUCGGCCUCCAUUCGCGAUGCCAACCUAUAUGUGAGUGGCCUCCCCAAGACCAUGAGCCAGAAGGACAUGGAACAGCUCUUCUCCCAGUAUGGGCGCAUUAUCACCUCACGCAUCCUGGUAGACCAAGUCACAGCAGGCAUCUCGCGAGGAGUGGGCUUCAUCCGUUUUGACAAGCGGAACGAGGCCGAGGAGGCCAUCAAGGGACUGAACGGCCAGAAGCCGCUGGGCGCCUCCGAGCCCAUCACCGUCAAGUUCGCCAACAACCCCAGCCAGAAGACGGGUCAGGCGCUGCUCACUCAGCUCUACCAGACCGCCGCGCGCCGCUACACUGGACCCCUGCACCACCAGACCCAGCGCUUCAGACUCGACAAUUUACUAAACGCCACCUACGGAGUCAAGAGUUCUCCUUCUCUCCUUCCCAGGUUCUCCCCGAUCACCAUCGACAGCAUGACCAGCCUGGCGGGCGUCAACCUCACCGGGCCCACCGGAGCCGGCUGGUGCAUCUUCGUCUACAACCUGUCGCCGGAGGCCGACGAGAGCGUGCUGUGGCAGCUGUUCGGGCCGUUCGGCGCCGUCACCAACGUCAAGGUCAUCCGCGACUUCACCACCAACAAAUGCAAGGGCUUCGGCUUCGUCACCAUGACCAACUACGACGAGGCGGCCAUGGCCAUCGCCAGCCUCAACGGCUACCGCCUGGGCGACCGUGUGCUGCAGGUCUCCUUCAAGACCAGCAAGCAGCAUAAGGCCUAAAGGAGGGGAAGGAGGAGGAGGAGGAGGGUGUCAGGGGCCUCUCGAUGCUCCCGCAGCCUGGGGGGGAGAGCUGUUGAGCUCCCCCACACGCUCAUUCUACAUGGGUCUGGACUGAGUCGCUCUCUCUUUCUCUGUUUCUCUCUCUGACACAAAACACACUCACACAUACAUAGAUAUACACAGACGUCCAUACAUAAAACUUCUGUACACUCAUGUACAUGCAUACACACACAGAGACACACCACAUACAUACACACACCACAGACACAUUUUAGUCAGAGUUCUGAACAAAACCACAGGUAGAGUUUUUCUUUUGUCUUUACACAACAUGCUAGUCCUUCCCUACUUUUGCCUGGAUUGAAUUAGCGGUGGUGCAUA